AUGCCUAAACAUUUCCAUAAUAACAAUGUUUUACUCACUUCAGCAAUAGAUAUGUUAAUGAAGUUUGAUGAUGUUCAAAGUGCCGAGAAGCUAUUUCGAAUGAUCGAGAAAAAAAAUAUUGUCACAUUUGGAGCUAUGAUGAAUGGAUAUAAUAUAAAUAAUGAACCAUUAAAAUGUUUACAAUUACUAGAAGAUAUCAAACAACAUGGUUUCAUACUCAAUGAAUGUGUAUCAAUCAUAUUGAUAAAUGCAUGUGCACGACUUGGUAUGAUUUCAAAAUGUCAAUUAAUUAUUGAUCAAGUUCCUUCAUAUUUAUAUAAUAAUCAACAAAUACGUAAUUCAUUGAUUCAUAUGUGGGGAAAGGCUGGUUCUGUUGAAAAUGCUCAGAAAAUUUUUCAAUCUAUCGAUAAUCCUGAUGUUGUUACAUAUAAUGCAAUGAUUAAUGCCUAUGGACUUAAUCACAUGGGUUUAGAAGCUGUUGAUUUAUAUCGAAAAAUGCCUCAUCACUUACGUGAUGAAGUGACAUAUGUAUGUGUAUUAAAUGGAUGUUCUCAUUCUGGUCUUCUUAAUGAAGCUCAUUCCAUCUUCAAUGAAAUUCCUCAGAAAAAUAAACAAGUUAUUGCUACGAUGGUUGAUUGUUUAAGUCGUCUUUAUAUAUUUGAUGAAGCACAGAAACUCAUAGAUGAUUAUGAAAAAUCUAAUCCACCUUCUCCAGUUAUGUAUACGGCAAUAUUAUCUGGAGCACGUAAUUCUCAUCAACACAUUUUAUCGAAAAAAAUCUAUGAUCGAAUGAAAAUAUUAUUUCCUGAUGAAAAAGAGACACUCAAAUCUGGUUCAAUUCUUCUUUGUAAUACAUAUUCAUCAGUAGGUGAUUAUCAAGAAGCAGUGAAUAUUCGAUCAAAACGCAUUCGAGAGUUAGGAAUAAAAGUUAAACCAGGAGUAUCAUGGACAGAAUUCAAUGGUGAAAUAUUGGAGUUCAAAGUUAAUGAUCGUUCUCAUCCUCAAUCUAAAGAAAUUCAUGCUAAAGCAAAAUAUAUAUCCGGUGUAUUGAUUAAAUAUGGCUAUAAUUAUGAUUCCAGUUGGAUAACUCGUCCAUUACGUGAAGAUGAAACAAUUGAGUCAGUUUUAUGUACUCAUAGCGAACAACUUGCAAUUGCCUAUCAUUUUGUUCAACAAGAAAACCCCAAAUUUAUUCAAAUCACCAAGAAUCUUCGUGUGUGUGGCAAUUGUCGUAAGUUCUUCUUGCUUUUUUUCGUAUUAUUAUUAGUAACUUAUGCAUUUACUCUUUUAGAUGGGGUGACAAAACUCAUUGCCAAAAUUUGGCAAUGUAAAAUAAUAGUACGUGAUGCAAAUGGUAUACAUCACUUCUCUCCCGAUGGAACUUGCUCAUGUCGCGAUCAUUUUUAGUUGUUGUUUUUCUUUUCUUUUUUUUUGUUUUUUUUUCUAUCGUAUAUCACUUUAUCAUAUGAAAAAAUAAAAAAACAUAUAUGCUCUAAUCAUUCCCUUUUCUUUUUAACUGAUUCAUGUAAAGAAAAUAUUUUUGAUUAUGAGAUAAAAGUCACAUAAAAUAUGAACUUGAAAAUUCGUAUAUCUUGAGAAGAAUUACAAGUUAAUGUUGAUCGUGGGUGUAGGUAGGGCUGGAAAGUUAUCGUUCCCGAGUAACGGUCCUACUAUUGGGGGACUCUUAGGUCUUCAAGUCCUACUGUUGGGGAGCACCUUGGAGUCCUCAAAUCUUAUUAUUAGGAGGUACCUUAAGAUCCUCGAGUCUUACUAUUGAGGAUACCUUGGGGUCAUUAAGUCCUACUAUUGGAAGGUACCCUUAGAUCCUCUUUUUUAGGCUGUGAGUAUAAAGGCGAGUGUAUAUCUCGAUCAGCACAUGAGUAGCGUAGACGUGUAUGUGUAUCUUUCGUUGGUUGUAUCUCCACUGCCAUCCACAUCUACAGUUUCGACGACUUCAGUUAAAACAGAUAAACGCACUGGAAAAAAAUUAACUGAUUAAAUGAUUGACGUAGAAAUUGCGAUAUUCUUUAUAAUCAACCAUUCGAUUGUUUCAUGUUAUAUAUGUGGAGAAAGAUUUUUUCAGAGGAAAAUUAUAUUUGUGGCAUAACUAUAAUAUUUCCUCAGUUUAUUCAUCAUGUAUUCCAAUAGAAAAAGCUUUCAAUAUAAUACCUACGGAACUGAAACGUGAAAAACGAUCGAGUCGUUUUUGUGGCAUAUGAGAACUCUCGUGAUGUUGAUCAUAACAACAAACGCUAUUUUAAGGGUAAAGUUACUUUUCACUGAAAGAAGUUUUGUUGAAAACAUUUGCGGAGACAAACGAAUAGUGUGAAUGUAAGUAAAAUAAAUUUGACAUUUAUUUGAGAUAUCGUGUUAUACGAGCCAAAGAUCUUAUGAGAGUCAGUAGCCUUGACAAAUUUUUUCGACGAAAAGCAACCAAUUCAAUUAGAGAAGCAGAUUUUGACUUGUCUGUCAUAGUCUGUAGAGUAGAUUUUGGAGCUUCAUUAUGAAAGUUAAACGAACGUUCAACAAUAUGAAAUAACUUUGGAAUAGUUUCAUUGAUAAAACAGAAUCAUAUAUUGUUGAUGAGGCCCUAUAACAAUAUAGCUAUAGUAUAUCAAUUUAUGAAUAAUCAUUUAAAUGCAAUAUUAAUUAUACUUGAAGAAAGACACUAGAGUUAAAGAAACAAUUUUUCCAACUGAUUUUUCAAUUCUAGCUGUUCUAUACAGUAAUAUUCGUAUUAUACAUUAUUCACAGGAUGAUAACCAAGCUGUGCUUUUAUAUAUCGAGGAAGUAUACUAUAUUUAACCGAAAAUAUUUUCAUUUCUUCAUUCAUCACUCACUAACUCCUAUUAUAAUCUAGCCGCAGGAUAGGUAUUGAUGAAGAACAAGUCCUUGUAGUUUUUGUUCACACAAGAAUCGGUUGAAUGAAAAUCGAACUCAUCGUGUCUUUUGUUUAAUGCUCACAUCUACACACACACACACACAUUCGAUUAAGAAAGAGAGUAAAAAUAUCUAUGAAUUCGUCAACUUCCCUUAUAAUAAAAGAAUAUUGAUGAUCGUAUUUAUAUGUGCUGAAUUGAAAAUUGUUACAGGAUCAUAUACUUAUAGUAUCUAUGAAUGUUAUAAAACAUUCUUAAGAGGAAGCCACAAGUAGGAACAGUUUUGGAAACUAUCUUAUUAUUGUUGACCAAAGUCAUAAAAAGAAAUAGAAAAUUAUUUUUCUUUGUCAAGACUAAUUUGUUGGUACUAUUUUGGAUUUGUAGAAUGACAAUGAAUAUGUAUGGAUGAUUGUUUGAAACCAAUAGAAGAUAUAGAAUGAAAAUUCUUAAUGUAUUAUAAAGAAAUAAUUUUUUUAUAUUAAAUCAUUUACUAUAACUUUAACUCAACGGUACAAGGCGAAUUCAUCUAUGUUAUCUCUUCCCUGAAUAAUCCAUAUGAAACGCAACAAAAAAUUUUCAAAAAUAUACUGAGCAUUAGAGGUCAUUUUAAAUAGAUUAGCAACAGCUUUUUUUUUGCACAUUGUAAGAAACGAAAAAAAAAUUAAUUGAUCCUU